AUGACGAUCUCCACCGAACCCAGCACUAAAAAGAUCAAGACCGACGACGACAUCAUCGCCGACGCACCACCAAUGCUGGUCAAGUUCCUCGGUCCGAAAGCAAAGAUGCCCACGCGCGGCUCCGAGCACGCAGCCGGCUACGACCUCUACACGACCGAGACCGCGACGAUCCCCGCGCACGGCCGCGUGAUGGUCGCGACCGACAUUGCGAUCGCGCUGCCGGUGGGCACGUACGGCCGUGUUGCGCCGCGGUCGGGGUUGGCGACGAAGCACGGGAUUCAGACUGGUGCGGGCGUGAUUGAUUGCGAUUACCGGGGGCCGCUGAAGAUUUUGCUGUUUAAUCACUCGGAUGUCGAUUUUGUGGUGAACGAGGGGGAUCGGGUGGCGCAGAUGGUGGUUGAGAGGAUAAUGAUGCCGGAGACGAAGUUGGUGGAUGAGCUGCCGGAGACGGUUCGGGGCGAGGGCGGAUUCGGAUCGACUGGUGGAUUUGGGGGGAAGUAG